AUGGAUCGCAGGUCAACAACAAAUUCCAAUAUAGCCCUCCACCGCCCGCAAUCAAACUCCUCUAGGGUGGAUGAAGAACUUAUCCAGAAAAGUAACCACACUCUCUUGAACACCACUGACCCUAUAGCGCGUCUGCGUCUGCAAUGUCUGUCCCGGGGUGCUUCAGGCAUUGUUACUAUUGGAAGGGUUUUUCGUCGCAUGGGCGAUGGCGUCAAGCAGCUUACUAAAGAGGAGUUUUUUCAUGGCAUCAAAGAGACAGGAUUGGAGAUAAGCAGGGCUGAAGCUGAUGAGAUGUUCGACGUGUUCGACAAGGACGGCAGCGGCUACAUGAGCCUCGAUGAAUUUCUUCUGAAAAUCAGACCACCAAUGAAUGAGGCUCGCCGCGCGACCGUGGAGCAUGCGUUCCAGAAGCUGGACAAGUCUGGUGAUGGGUUCAUCACUAUUGAUGAUAUUCGUGGGGUGUACGCGGCUACUGCACAUCCCAGAUAUAUGAGCGGGGAAGAGUCGGCAGAUGCUAUUUUGCACCAGUUUCUCGCUAACUUUGAAACUGAAGGCUCGACCUCGCACGAUGGGAAGAUAACUCUGGAAGAUUUUAUGAACUACUACAGCGGCAUAAGUACAUCUAUCGACAGCGACUGCUACUUCGAUCUGAUGAUGCGCCAAGCUUACAAACUAUUAGCUUUCGAAAAUGUGUCGAACUGUGCACGCCCUGCUUCAAACCGCAAUAUGCGGUAUACAAAUGUUGGUGCGAGUGUUUAUGACUAUAAUUCUUAUGAUAGAAAAUCUCAUACGAAUGAUUUUGCAAACACUAUA